GCUCGCGCUCGCUCCCUCUCGUCGCCUGUGGGGAAGUCGGGGCAGCCUGAGCGGCCGCAGCCACCAUCUCGCCCCGAUCUUCUCCCUUGUCCCCUCCCGAUCCGAGUGCCCCCGAGUAGUGAGUAGCCCGCGUAGGGUUCGGAGAGUCACCGCGGCGGCGCCGGGUGGUGUUAAAACCAUGUUAAGGAGGAUUUUGCAGAGGACUCCUGGGAGAGUUGGCUCUCAAGGUUCUGAUUUAGAUUCAUCAGCAACUCCUAUAAACACAGUGGAUGUCAAUAAUGAAAGCUCUUCAGAGGGCUUCAUAUGUCCCCAGUGUAUGAAAUCUCUUGGAUCGGCUGAUGAACUUUUCGAACACUAUCAGGCAGUUCAUGAUGCUGGUAAUGACGCAAGUCAUGGAGGAGAGGCCAAUCUUGCUUUGAAGCGAGAUGAUAUAACACUACUGAGACAAGAGGUCCAAGAUCUACAGGCUUCACUUAAGGAAGAAAAAUGGUACUCAGAAGAAUUAAAAAAAGAAUUAGAAAAAUAUCAAGGACUUCAACAGCAAGAGGCUAAACCUGAUGGAUUGGUGGCUGAUUCAUCAGCAGAACUACAGUCUUUGGAACAACAAUUAGAAGAGGCUCAAACAGAAAAUUUUAAUAUUAAGCAAAUGAAAGAUUUAUUUGAACAGAAAGCAGCCCAACUUGCAACUGAAAUUGCAGAUAUAAAGUCAAAAUAUGAUGAGGAAAGGAGCCUUCGAGAGGCUGCAGAACAAAAAGUAACACUUUUGACAGAAGAAUUAAACAAAGAGGCAACUGCAAUUCAAGAUCUGAAGACUGAACUGCUUCAGAGACCUGGUAUAGAAGAUGUUGCUGUGCUAAAGAAAGAAUUGGUCCAAGUUCAAACGCUAAUGGAUAAUAUGACCUUGGAGCGUGAGAGAGAAUCUGAAAAACUCAAAGAUGAGUGCAAAAAGUUACAAGUAGAAUAUGCUAACUCAGAGGCUACAAUAAGCCAGUUAAGGAGUGAACUUGCCAAAGGUCCCCAGGAAGUUGCUGUAUAUGUGCAGGAAUUACAAAACCUUAAAGGUUCAGUUCAUGAGUUAACACAAAAAAAUCAGAACUUGUCGGAAAAGUUGCUGAAGAAGGAAUUGGAUUACACCCAGUUAGAGGAGAAAUAUAAUGAAGAAUCUGUGAGUAAAAAGAAUAUACAGGCAACCCUUCAUCAAAAAGACCUAGAUUGUCAACAGCUUCAGUCAAGGUUAUCUGCAUCUGAAACCUCACUGCAGAGAAUACAGGCAGAACUAAGUGAAAAAGGAGAGGCAACCCACAAGCUCAAAGAAGAAUUAUCUGAAGUAGAGACUAAGUACCAGCAUCUUAAGGCAGAGUUGAAACAGCUACAGCAACAGAGAGAAGAAAAGGAGCAGCAUGGGUUACAACUCCAAAGUGAAAUUAAUCAAUUACACAGCAAACUUCUGGAAACUGAGCGCCAACUUGGGGAAGCUCAUGGUAGGCUGAAGGAGCAGAGACAGCUUUCCAGUGAAAAGUUGAUGGAUAGAGAACAACAAGUGGCUGACUUACAGCUCAAACUUUCUCGUUUAGAAGAAGAGUUGAAGGAAAAAGUAACAAAUUCCACAGAGUUGCAGCAUCAGUUAGAUAAAACCAAGCAACAGCAUCAAGAACAACAAGCUCUUCAGCAAAGCACUACAGCAAAACUUCGAGAAGCUCAGAAUGAUUUGGAACAAGUCCUACGUCAAAUUGGUGAUAAGGACCAAAAGAUACAGAACCUUGAAGCCUUAUUGCAGAAGAGUAAAGAAAAUAUUUCAUUACUAGAAAAGGAAAGAGAAGAUCUUUAUGCAAAAAUUCAGGCUGGGGAAGGAGAGACUGCUGUUCUUCACCAGUUGCAAGAAAAAAACCAUAUGUUACAGGAGCAAGUAACUCAACUGACAGAGAAGCUAAAGAAUCAGUCGGAAAGUCAUAAACAAGCCCAGGAGAAUUUACAUGACCAGGUACAAGAGCAGAAGGCACAUCUUAGAGCUGCACAAGACCGUGUCCUCGCUCUAGAAACCAGUGUCAAUGAAUUAAAUAGCCAAUUAAAUGAAAGCAAGGAGAAGGUCUCCCAGCUUGACAUACAGAUUAAAGCCAAAACUGAAUUAUUGCUAUCAGCAGAAGCAGCAAAAACUGCUCAAAGAGCCGAUCUUCAGAAUCAUUUGGACACAGCUCAGAAAGCAUUACAAGAUAAACAGCAGGAGUUGAAUAAGAUCACCUCUCAGUUGGAUCAGGUCACUAUAAAGUUACAGGAUAAGCAAGAACACUGCAUUCAGCUGGAAAGUCAUCUUAAAGAAUAUAAAGAGAAACAUCUCUCUUUAGAACAAAAAAUUGAAGAGCUAGAAGGCCAAAUUAAGAAACUAGAAGCUGAUACUCUUGAUGUUAAAGCAAGCAAGGAGCAAGCUUUGCAUGAUCUUCAACAGCAAAGGCAGCUGAACACAGAUUUGGAGCUUAGAACUAUAGAAUUGAGUAAACAACUUGAAGCAGAGAAAGAAAUUGUAUCCACUACAAAAUUGGAUCUACAGAAAAAAUCUGAAGCCCUUGAAAAUAUUAAGCAAAUGAUUACCAAGAAAGAAGAAGAAAAAAUGAUCCUGAAACAAGAAAUUGAAAAGUUAAAUCAAGAUGCAAAGAUGCAGCACAAGGAAUUAAAUAACAGAAUUCAAGGAACAGUAACAGAAUUGAAAGAAGUGAAGAUGGAGAAAGAAACUCUAAUGACAGAGCUUUCUACAGUGAAAGAGAAAUUAUCAAAAGUUUCUGAUUCUUUGAAAAACUCCAAAAGUGAAUUUGAAAAGGAGAAUCAGAAAGGAAAAGCUGCCAUAUUAGAUUUGGAAAAAACUUGCAACGAAUUAAAACAUCAACUUCAAGUACAAACAGAAAGCACACUAAAGGAACAAAAUGAAUUGAAAAAGUCACUUGAAAAGGAGAAGGAGACUUCUCAUCAGUUGAAAUUGGAACUGAAUUCUACUAAGGGAGAAGUCAUACAGGCUCAAAAUACUUUAAAACAAAAGGAAAAAGAGGAGCAGCAGCUUCAGGGGAACAUAAACGAACUAAAGCAAUCAACUGAACAAAAGAAAAAGAAAAUUGAAGCACUUCAAGGAGAAGUUAAAAUUGCUCAUUCACAGAAGACAGAGCUUGAGAAUAAACUACAGCAGCAGUCAGCACAGGCAGCCCAGGAACUUGCAGCAGAGAAAGAGAAAAUAUCAGUGUUACAGAACACCUACGAAAAAUGUCAAGAAAAUCUAAAACAACUUCAAUCUGAUUUCUAUGGGAAGGAAUCUGAACUUCUGGCCACAAGACAAGAUCUUAAGUCUGUAGAAGAGAAGCUUUCUCUAGCACAGGAGGACUUGAUAUCAAACAGAAAUCAAAUUGGAAACCAAAAUAAAUUGAUUCAAGAAUUGAAGACUGCCAAAGCUGCUUUGGAACAGGAUUCAGCAAAGAAAGAACAGCAAUUGAAGGAGCAGUGUAAAACACUCCAAGAUACUCAAAAAGAAAAGUCAAUAAAAGAAAAAGAACUAGCAAAUGAAAAAUCUAAAUUGGCAGAGAUAGAGGAAAUUAAGUGUAGACAAGAAAAAGAAAUCACCAAGCUGAGUGAAGAACUCAAGUCCCACAAACAAGAAAGCAUAAAGGAGGUAACCAAUCUCAAGGAUGCCAAACAACUUUUAAUUCAGCAAAAAUUAGAACUUCAAGGAAAAGUAGACUCAUUAAAGGCAACUCUUGAACAGGAGAAGAGAAACCUGCAGAUACUAACAGAGCAGGUGAAAAAGGAAGAAGAUGAGCUGAAGAAAGAAUUUGUUGAGAAAGAAGCUAAACUGCAUUCUGAAAUAAAAGAAAAGGAAGUGGGAAUGAAGAAACAUGAAGAAAAUGAGGCUAAACUUACCAUGCAGAUUACAGCAUUGAAUGAGAAUUUGGGCACUGUAAAGAAGGAGUGGCAGUCUAGUCAACGGAGAGUUAGUGAGCUAGAGAAACAGACUGACGACUUACGUGGUGAGAUUGCAGUCUUAGAAGCCACGGUUCAGAAUAAUCAAGACGAAAGGAGAGCACUGCUAGAAAGAUGUCUUAAAGGAGAAGGUGAAAUAGAAAAGCUUCAGACCAAAGUCCUAGAAUUGCAAAGAAAGCUGGAUAAUACAACUGCAGCAGUGCAGGAGCUGGGCAGAGAAAACCAGUCCCUUCAGAUCAAACAUACACAAGCGUUGAAUAGAAAGUGGGCUGAGGACAACGAAGUACAGAACUGUAUGGCCUGUGGGAAAGGCUUCUCGGUCACAGUGAGACGGCAUCACUGUCGUCAGUGUGGAAAUAUCUUCUGUGCUGAAUGUUCAGCCAAAAACGCCUUAACUCCCUCUUCCAAGAAGCCUGUUCGCGUCUGCGAUGCAUGUUUCAAUGACUUGCAAGGCUAACAGUCAUCACAACUCCAGAGUAAUAUCACACUAACAUUAGAUUUUUAAUAAAUGUGCUUAAUAGAGGUCUUGGACUACUCUUUGAUUUGGAUUCUGGUUGCAAUACUAGACCAAAUUAGAAUCCGUAUAUUUUGGAACGUUAUCGAUAUCAACAAAAACUCUUCUAUUUUUGUGAGACUUGAGUUCAUCUUUCAUUAUUUUUUCCAUUUAACCCCUGGAAUAGCUUUCAUGCCAAGUUUAGAAUUAGCCAAUGAAAUGUAAAUAAACUUUGGACAGAAAAUAGCAAUGUAUUUUUUUAAAUAUAAUUUCAUUGUUCACAAACAAUGAGUACAAUUCCAUAGGUUCUUUCUCCCAAAUUAUAUGUACAAAGAUGUACAUGGAUCAUGUUAUCAUUUGUUUUUGUUGCACAACAGCACACUAUUGUUUUAAGCAUUCUUUUUGUGGAAUCAUGCACAGAAUUAUAAAACUUUCUAUCUUUAUCAUUUAUAUAUAGGUCUGUAGCUCAGUUUUGUUGUUAUGUUAUAAAUUUACUACUUGGGUGUUUUAAAUACAGUUUGUGUUAAAAUAUGUACUAACCAUGAAUUCAAACAUAGUUUUUGUCCUAAUGAUAUGGAUUAAAUUCUCUUUAGUAGAUUUUAUGAAA